UAACGUCUGAAAAAUUUAGUACCCGAAAACAAAAAACACAGAGAAAAAGAAAAAAAGAAAAAUCUGAGUAAGUUGUAGAAACCAAUGAGAGGAAGUCGUCCUUACUUGCUUCCACCACCCCCUCCAAUGUCUGCCCCCAAUUGUCUACUCUCUCUCCCUCCCCCUCCCCUUCUCUUCUCUUCUCUUCUCUUGCAGCCUUUGCUCUCACUCUCUCUCCCCCCCCCCCCCCCCCCCCGGCAUUAUCAUCAGCUUCAUCAUUGUUCUUCUUUACAGCUGCUGCUUCUUCAUCAAACGUAAUUAUGACUGGCUUUCUAGCUACCCUUUUCAACACUAUUAAUGUUAUUAACAAAGCUUCUUCAUUGGGUCUCCCAUUUGAUUUGAUUUGAUUUCUUUCCUCCUCUUCCUCUCCUCGUUUAGACAAAUUGGUUUGAUUUUAAUUUGAUUUCUCUCUCUUCUGUGUAGUUGUUGUCGUCGUCGUCGUAGCUGUUCUGGGUUUUGGCUCCCUCAUUAUUACUUCCCCGUCUUCUUCUAUCCCCCACUCUUUUCUUUUCAUUUCAUUUCCCUACCUAACCCAAACAAUCCCCCCCCCCCCUCUCUCUCUCUCUCUCUACUGUUCCAGCCUAUUAACACAAAGUCUACUGCUACUAUUACUUCGAGUGGUAUUAUGAUGAUGCGUACAUGCUCGGGGGGGCGAAAUUGGUGAGGAGCGAUCCGUGAUGGCUGGCGGUUCGGGAUGUUCUUCUACGGUGCCGUCGACGUUGCCGCCGCCGCGGCCAAAGUCGCCGCCGCAGUACCCUGAUUUGUACGGCAAGCGCCGGGAGACGGCCAAGGUUCAGAUGUUGGAGCGAGAGAUUAGCUUUCUUGAGGGGGAACUAAAAUUCGUGGACAGGCUCCAACCUGCCUCCCAGUGCUGUAAAGAGGUUGCUGACUUUGUGGUGGGAAAUGCAGAUCCAUUCAUACCGACAAGUCAGAAGACUAGAAGGUCUUGUCAUUUCUGGAAGUGGCUCUGUGGAGCACCCUGUUUUAGCUUUUCAUGGAUUUGCUGUUGUCUCGGGUGCACACCACAUCUAGAAAUGCCGGAAUGCUGCAACUGCAGCUUCCGCGACUGCUGUUCAUGCAUCAGUUGUGCGAUGCCGAAAUGCCAGUGCUGCACCUGCUCCUGCUCCUGGCCACGCUCACAAUGCUUCCAGAAUAUCUCAUGCAUCCCAUGCUGCUGCAAGUGUUCCUUGCCGCGAUGUCCGUCCUGCCCAGAUUGCUGCUCUUGCAGGUGUAGGUGUAAGUGCAAGUGCUCUUGUCCCAAGUGCCCAAAGGUAAACCUUCGCUGCUGCUGUUGCUGUUGUACAAAAAACUGUUGCUACAAUUGCUGUUUCUGUUACUAGUAUUAUUUAUCAAAUAAUCCAAUGGAAGCUUUCUUCUUUGA